GACGUAGUUAUGGGUUGCCCCUUGGCCACAAACAAUCAGAAGGAUGAGCAUUCGUUUUCCAGGAUCACAAGGCAGUGAGCACAGAGUCGAACGGACCUGGGUCAAGGAUUAAAGGUUCUACUCAAGAUCAGUCGACUUUGGUGGGAGUCGCUGAAUGGAACAAACCACCGGGCAUUUGAACAUUAAGUGAGGUAACAAGAGCCAUAUCCUUUGAAGCAAGAUGGAUGAACGAGCGAAGAAAAGGGAGGCCAGGCACAUGGAUACAUGGGAUCCGUUCCAGUUGAACCCGGUUGGAUCUGAGAAGGAGAGCAAGAGGACAUGUUUCGAACUGGCCCAGUACUUGGUGGCCAUCAUAGUGGGCAUUGCAGUCCUGGCCAGUGCUGUUAUAUCCAAGGGAUCUCUCCUGGUACUCACUGUGCUCUCCAGUCCGUACUCACUGCGCAGUGCCCAGGAGCAGCAGUUCUUCAUGCUGAUGUUGGUGUUCUGCCUGGUGUUUCCCAAUGUGCUGGUGUUCAUCAAGUCCCUGUGGAGGGUGAUGUUCAAGAGCUUUGUGCCGCCAAACUGCAAGACCUUGGCAAUUAUCUGCGUUAUCGAGUGCCUGGUUUCUCUGGGUACCUCCGUCCUGGCCUUGGUUGUCAUGCCACAGUUUGACGUGCUGACCAACCUCUUCAUCACUGGAGGAGUGUGCAUCAUGUCCUCCAUACUGCAGAUUGUAUACAGACUUCAGAAAGAGAAGUGGAAAAAUUUUCCAAUUUGCUCUCUCCUUCUGAUAAUCACUGGUUACUGCCUCCUGGUAGCUGACUACUAUGUCCGCGUUUCCUCCUACGUGGACAGGCUGGACAGCGACUGCUUCAUCUACAUUGUCGUUGGGAUCGUCGCUUCGGUCUUGGUCUCCCUCUGUUGGUGGGAAAAUUCACUACAAGCUUCGAAUACCAUGACGGUUGCAGAGUUGGAUAGCUACAGAGACUUUGUGUUUGUCGUCACCAGCAUACUGAGGAUAGUAGUGAUAGGGGUUGUGUACCUCGUUUAUCAUGUCCUGAUUAUGGACAACAUCGUCUGGGAGAACUACAACCUGAAGCCUGCACAACAAGAAAUACUGCAGAUAGGACUGGUGGUGUUCUUUUUACAGGCAUUCUUCUCGGCUAGCUGCCACUGGUUUGGGGUGGUGGCGUGUAAGAUCCAUUCUGUCAGGAUGAGCUUUGCUCUGCCGGUUAGCUGUACCGGGCCUGUAGUGCUGCUCUUGGGGAUAAUACUGUUCUUGACUCAUGCCGACAGUUUGGAUGGACACCACAGUUCAAACAUCAUGGAUUUCUGUGACGGCUUGGUUCAUCUCAAAAACACCAACACGUCCAUCGUGAUGUUAGAAAUAUCAAGAAGUAUCUGUCGGACAUCCUCAAUAGGUCUUUCCUACUUGCAAUGGCCUUUCUCCAUGCUGGCACUGGAGGGCGUGUGUAUGUGGAGUGGCUUCGUUUCAUGCACUUACUACGUCUGGAAGAUCAAGGUCCAGCGCAUUGAGAGAACCUCCCAGUUGUUUGUGAGAAGGCUCUAUGAGUCAACCUUCAUUGACCUGUCCCUGAUGCUCAACACCAAGAUGAAAGUAGUCAGAGCCAAGAACCAGGACAGCCACGAAGAUAUAGAGAAAUGUAUCAUCUAUCUGUGUGCCACCAUGUGGCACGAGAACUACGAGGAGAUGCUCAAGAUAUUGACCUCCAUGUUCAGGCUGGAUCGUUACCGUGGGGAUCCAAAAGAAGAGCACAAAGACGUUUUUGACUUUGAGGCCCACGUCUUCAUGGACGACUCCUUCUACACAGAGAAGGCGACCGGCAAGAGACUUGUGAACGAAUACGUCGACAUCCUGACCCAAGUUGUCAUCGAAGUCUACAGGGUGUUCACCCAUAAGGAGCCAGAUGAUGUGACCAUUAUCGAGACCCCGUACGGAGGCCGGCUGGAGUUUGUGAUGCCCGAGGGCAACAUGCUGUACUUUCACCUGAAGGACAAGGAACGCAUCAGGAACAAGAAGAGAUGGUCACAGAUCAUGUACCUCUACUAUCUACUUGGCUGGAAGGGCUACAGCACAAAGAACCCACAAAAAAUCAUACAUAAGAACAACGCCUGUAGAGACAGCAUGGUUUCCCUGGAUGGAGGGGUGGGGUUCUUCGUUCAUCAGCAAAACCGCACGGCCAACAUCAAGGACAUCUCUGACUACAACACCUACGUCAUGGCCCUGGACGGAGACACUGACUUCCAGCCCAAAGCAGUGGUUCUUCUGUUGGACAGAUUGAGGAUGUAUGAGAAUGUGGGAGCAGCAUGUGGCAGAAUUCAUCCCACCGGCAUGGGUCCGAUGGUGUGGUACCAGAAGUUUGAGUAUGCAGUGGGCCAUUGGCUGCAGAAGACGGCAGAGCAUGUGUUUGGCUCUGUGUUGUGCAGUCCAGGGUGCUUCAGCCUCUUCAGAGGCUCGGCCCUCAUGGAUGACAACGUUUUGAAGAAGUACACCACAACUGCUACCAAGGCAGCUCAAUAUGUGCAGUAUGAUCAAGGAGAGGACCGUUGGCUGUGUACGUUGCUGCUGCAGCAGGGCUGGCGGGUGGAGUACAACGCGGCCUCCGACGCCUACACCAACUCCCCGCAGGAGUUCAAGGAGUUCUACAACCAGAGGAGGCGAUGGGGGCCCUCCACCCUGGCCAACACGCUGGAUCUCCUGAGCAGCGGUUCAGAGACGGUGAAGAGGAACUCAUCCAUCUCCAGCCUGUAUAUCUUCUACCAGAUGUUCACUGUGGGGUCCUCCAUCCUGGGACCGGCUUCAGUCACACUCAUGAUAUCAGGGGCUUUCCAGUUUGUCUUCACGAUCCCUGGGACUACCUCCAUCAUCAUCGGGUGUAUCCCUCCAAUCUUCUACAUGCUCAUCUGCUUCGUUACCAAGUCCAACACCCAGGUUACCAUUGCUGCCAUCAUGAGUGUCCUGUAUGCUUUCCUGAUGACCGCCUCCCUCUUCUCCAUCAUAGGCGACAUGGUAAUGCAGGAAACAUUCCUAACACCCACUGGCGUCUUCCUGAUUUCCAUGACAAUAAUGUACUUGGUGACAGCCCUACUCCACCCAGAGGAAUUUGGUAUGAUUAUCUAUGGCCUGAUGUACUUCAUCUGUAUUCCCAGUGGCUACCUUCUACUGACCAUCUACUCACUGGUCAACAUGAACAAUGUCUCCUGGGGCACCAGGGAAACCAAGGAGGAAGGAGAAGUGAAGAAGGUCCAAAAUGUGUUGUGUGACCAAACCUGUAAGCUCUGCUGCUGGGACAUGAAAUUGCAGGUAACCCAAGACAAGGAUAAUGCGAUGUUGCAACAAAUUGGUGCGUCUGUGGGCCAAACCACCCAGCGCAGACAAACCGUGGUUGAAAUGUCACCUGCUGCAGAGAUAGAGCUUCAGCCCAAGUUGAAAACCACCAAAGAAGAGCUGGAAAAUCAGGAUACCAGUUUGGUGAGACGGAGAGGGGCAGAAAAGAAAAGCAUGGACCCGUCAACUAGCAGCAGAAAAAAUGAAACAUUUAUUGAUUAUGAUCGUGAUGAUGAUGAGCUGGAUGGCGUCGAUGAUGAGGGCUUUGAUUACCUUGGGAAUCUUGUGAGGAGGCAAGAAAUUCCUGCUAGUGACUGGGUCAUGCCAGUGCAAAAGGAAUUCCUGAAGAAGCUGACCUAUGCCAACUUGAAGAGGAAUCUAAAUCAGCAAAUUAGGUACGCACUGAGAAGCAUGGAUCUGGCUGACGUGUGUGACGAACUCGCAUUAAUGCUAGUGGACACGCUCACAAGAGAGCUCAGCGAGGUCGGUCCAGAAGACGUUCUGACCAACGACCAACUGGAAGGACUACAGCAGGCACUGGCCGAGCAGGCUCGUCAAAUCCUGAAAACAAAUCAAAUGGAGGGGCUGGAUAAGAAGGUGAAGAGAGCCAUUGCGAAGACUCUCACCGCCCCGCAAGUGCAAAAAUUGGAAGCGGAUGAGGAUGACUUCUGGGUCAAGCUGAUAGAGCGCUACUUGACCCCAAUUGUUGAAACGGAAGCACAUAAGCAAGAAGUCCUCAGAGAAUUAAAAUCACUCCGCAAUAAGUCCGUCUUCCUGUAUUUCAUCAUCAACGUGCUCUGGGUCGUGGCAACCUUCUUCCUUCAGGCCAUCGGCAGUGAUACCAUCAGCAUCAAGAUCCCAAAGUACUACCCCAACGGAACAGCGUCUGGAGAGAAUCUCAAGGUGGAGCCCCUCAGCUUAAUGUUCCUGCUGUCUUUUGCUGUUCUACUUGUCGUCCAGUUCCUAGCCAUGUUGUAUCACAGAAUCUACACUCUGAUCCAUGUGGUGUCCUACCGCAGCAAAGAGAAAGACUACAAGGAGCGAGACUACAACGAGAUAGAGGACGAUAAUGAAGCAAUGAGUUUCCAAAACCCUACUACAACCAACGAAAUGAUGAUCACCAGUGAUGACAUGUAAUAUAAGACAACCGUGCGUUCGUUGGAUGACCGAUCUUCCACAUUUUUUGUCACAAUGAAUAAACGACUGCUUCUUUGUAUUUACCCAAUUUUUAUAUUGAUUUUUAAAAAUGUUCUUGUGUAUAGGCUAUUUUGGAAAGGAAAGAUAUUCUUAAAUUGUGCAGUCUAAUAGGCCUCAAUGCAGACCCACAAAAGAAAAUGUGUUACAUUGUUUACAUCAAACCAAAACAUAAAAUAAAGUCAGGUAUACCGUUAAGUUAAAGGUAAAAAAAAAAACGAGUCAAUUUAUCAAUAAUUCCUGUUUGCGUCCGCUUGUUAAUAAAUGCAGUAGCCUACUUUGGGUUGUAUCGUAUGCUACCAUGUCGAAAAGUGAAUUCUUCUCCAAUAACUGUGAUCUGGUGUCUGGUCUUUUUAAAAUUACAACCGAUAAUAAUUGUAUUCCCAUAUUUGCAUCCAAAGUGUAAUGUAGCGAAUAGCGAUAUAACAAAUAAAACAAAAGACUCAAGCUGUCCAAA